AUGACGUCCGAGGACUGUCCCGUGCCGCUGGGCGUGUCCCCGGGGGGGCUGUGCGUGGACUACGGCCCCAUGGCGGCGGAUGACAUCAUCGAGGAGGUGGGGGUGGCCGUGGGGGUGGGGGUAGGGGUAGGGGCACCCUCCGAGCUGAGCGCCCUGGUGGUGCCCUUCCCGGAUCUGGCGCCCGUGGUCUUCUUCUGCCUCAAGCAGACCACCUGCCCCCGGAGCUGGUGCAUACGCAUGGUGUCCAGCCCGUGGUUCGAGCGAAUCAGCAUCAUGGUGAUCCUGCUGAACUGCGUGACGCUGGGCAUGUACCAGCCCUGCGAGAACAUCGACUGCACCUCCGACCGAUGCCAGAUUCUACAGGCAUUCGAUGCAUUCAUUUACAUCUUCUUUGCACUUGAGAUGGUGGUGAAGAUGGUGGCCCUGGGGAUCUUUGGCCGUCGCUGUUACCUUGGCGAUACUUGGAAUCGUCUGGACUUUUUCAUCGUCAUGGCAGGGAUGGUUGAAUACUCCCUAGAUCUCCAGAACAUCAACUUCUCCGCCAUCAGAACAGUGCGAGUCUUGAGACCGCUCAAAGCCAUCAACCGGGUUCCUAGCAUGCGUAUCCUGGUGAACCUGCUGCUGGACACCUUGCCCAUGCUGGGGAACGUGCUCCUGCUCUGCUUCUUCGUCUUCUUCAUCUUCGGCAUCAUCGGCGUGCAGCUGUGGGCCGGCCUGCUGCGCAACCGCUGCUACCCAGAAGAAAACUUCACACUCACCUCAGGAAUCACGCUCCCCGCCCCCUACUACCAGCACCACGAGGAGGAGGACGAGAGGCCCUUCAUCUGCUCGCUGCCGCAGGACAACGGCAUCGUGACGUGCCGUGACGUGCCGGCGCGGCGCGAGGGCGGCCACGAGUGCUGCCUGGACAAGGAGGACGUGCUGCACCGGCAGGCGCUGGGCCUGGGGCCCGAGCCGCUCAACGCCAGCACCGGCGCCAGCAUCAUGGGCCUGUGCGUCAACUGGAACCAGUACUACACGCGCUGCCACACGGGCAGCAGCAACCCACACAAGGGGGCCAUCAACUUCGAUAACAUCGGCUACGCCUGGAUCGUCAUCUUCCAGGUGAUCACGCUGGAGGGCUGGGUGGAGAUCAUGUACUACGUCAUGGAUGCCCACUCCUUCUACAACUUCAUAUACUUCAUCUUCCUCAUCAUCAUCGGCUCGUUCUUCAUGAUCAACCUGUGCCUGGUGGUCAUCGCCACCCAGUUCUCGGAGACCAAGCAGCGUGAGCACCAGCUGAUGCAGGAGCAGCGUGCUCAGUGCCUGUCCUCCAGCACCCUGGCCUCCCUCACCGAGCCGGGCGACUGCUACGAGGAGCUCUUCCAGCUGGUCUGCCACAUGCUCCGCAAGGCCCGCAGACGCUCCGCAGCCUUCUACAACACGCUACGGGGCCGGCCGCCGCCACCAGGGGGUGGGGGCAGGGGGGCAGGACGGAUGGGCAGGGGAGGAGGAGGAGGAGGGAGCGGAGGGGUCAGCGCUGUCAACGGAGGAGGGGAGAAGCACCAUGGACAUUCGGGGCAUGCGCCCCACUGUCCGCAUCAGAGCAAAUUGGACCAUAGCUCUCAAAAUCUGGACAAUGCCAUCUCCCUCUCGGUCACCUCCAACCCAGAGAGCUGUCCCGAGUGCUCGGCUGCGCUGUCACUCACGGAAGGGGAGGGAGCGAGGGUCGGCUCGGCCAAUGGGGAAGAGGACGAAGAGGAGGAGGGAACUCUGGAAGAGACGGACAGGGAGGAGAACCACUUGGGGAGCAGGAAGGAGGGCGAUAAUAAGAAAGGAAAGUCCAAGAAGGAGAAGAGGAGGUCCUGCCUGGGGUUCUUCAAGGACGUGUGGGACGAGAUGAGGGUCAGGCUGUGGAGCAUCGUGGAGAGCAAGUACUUCAACAGAGGCAUUAUGAUCGCCAUCCUCAUCAACACCAUCAGCAUGGGAAUCGAGCACCACAACCAGCCGGAUGAGCUGACCAACGUGCUUGAGAUCUGCAAUAUAGUCUUCACCAGCAUGUUUACCCUGGAGAUGAUCCUCAAGCUGACCGCCUUUGGCUUUUUCGAAUACCUGCGCAACCCCUACAACAUUUUCGAUGGCAUCAUCGUCAUAAUCAGUGUGUGUGAGAUCAUAGGCCAGGCAGAUGGGGGCCUGUCAGUGCUGCGGACGUUCCGUCUGCUGCGGGUGAUAAAGCUGGUGCGCUUCAUGCCUGCCCUUCGCCGGCAGCUGGUCGUGCUCAUGAAGACCAUGGACAACGUGGCCACCUUCUGCAUGCUACUGAUGCUCUUCAUCUUCAUCUUCAGUAUCCUGGGCAUGCACAUCUUUGGCUGCAAGUUCAGCCUGAAGACCGAGGCUGGGGACACAGUUCCGGAUAGGAAGAACUUUGACUCCCUGCUCUGGGCCAUCGUCACCGUCUUUCAGAUCCUGACGCAGGAGGACUGGAACAUGGUCUUGUAUAACGGCAUGGCCUCCACGUCGCCGCUGGCUGCCCUGUACUUCGUAGCUCUCAUGACCUUCGGCAACUAUGUCCUCUUCAACCUACUGGUGGCCAUCCUGGUGGAGGGAUUUCAGGCAGAGGGAGAUGCCAACCGCUCCUAUUCCGACGAGGACAGGUCCUCAUGCAACUUCGAGGAGACCGACAAGCAGAAGGACCCCCUCCAGCUGUCAGACCCCAAGAUCUGCACCCUGACCCCCAACGGACACCUGGAUCUGGCCGUGGGGCCGCCCCUGGGGCUGUACCCUGCGGAGCGCCUCGCCUUCGCCCUGGGCUCCCGCAAGAGCAGCGUCACCUCGCUGGGACGAGCUACCAUGGAGCAAAGGCCACUGUGUCCGGGACGUGGCUCGUUGUACCACACCUGGGGCCGGCCUCUCCCCCAGGCGGUCUGGAACCGGCGCUCCAGUUGGAACAGCUUGGGCCAGGCCAACCGGGCCGUGGGGGUGGGCGUAGGCGGUGGAAGAAGCCUCCGGCUGCGUAGCGCCCAGCAGUCCUAUCUGGCAGAGCAGGAGUCCCUCCUGUCGCCGCCUCCCCUCCAACUCCCUCCGCACCUCCUCUCGCGCCACCUCUACCCUCGCCGCGAGCGCCGCGCCUACUCCCUGGAGCUGCCAGAGCUGUUGCAGGUGCCGGCGCCGCCGGGACAGACGCUGGGGCCUCCCCUGCCCCCUCUUCACGGCCACGCGCCACGCAAGAAGAGCUUCUCGGAGGGGCCGCCAGGAGGCACAGCGGGGGGCGUGGGCGUGGGCGUGGGUGGGGAGCACCUGGACUGCAAUGGCAAAACGCCUCAGCAGAGGCUUCUGGCUGAAGUGUACCCACAGGUCAACACAAGAAGCAAAGACAGGGAGGACCUUGACGACGAGCUGGACUAUAGUCUAUGUUUUCGGAUCCAGAAGAUGAUAGAGGUGUACCGUCCCGAAUGGUGUGAAGCUCGUGAAGACUGGUCUGUUUACCUCUUCUCUCCUCAGAACAGGUUCAGGUUGAUGUGCCAGUCCAUUAUAGCCCAUAAGCUGUUUGACUAUGUGGUGCUGGCCUUCAUCUUCUCCAACUGCAUCACUGUGGCCCUGGAGAGACCCAAGAUCCUGCAGGGGAGCCUGGAGCGGGUGUUCCUCACCAUAUCUAAUUACAUCUUUACCGCCAUCUUCGUGGGGGAGAUGACACUCAAGGUGGUGUCGAUGGGGCUGUAUCUCGGGGAGCAGGCCUACCUCCGUAGCAGCUGGAAUAUCCUGGAUGGGUUCUUGGUCUUCGUCUCGCUCAUCGACAUUGUAGUUUCCAUGGCGGGCGGGGCCAAGAUUCUUGGUGUGCUGCGGGUACUCCGGCUCCUCCGGACACUUCGCCCCCUCAGGGUUAUCAGUCGUGCCCCAGGCCUAAAGCUGGUGGUGGAGACCCUCAUCACCUCUCUGAAGCCCAUUGGCAACAUUGUGCUGAUCUGCUGCGCUUUCUUCAUCAUCUUUGGCAUCCUCGGUGUCCAGCUCUUCAAAGGGAAGUUUUUUCACUGCCUGGGCCUGGAUGUCAAAAACAUCACCAACAAGUCCGACUGUCUCCUGGCCAAUUACAAAUGGGUCCAUCACAAAUACAACUUUGACAACCUUGGGCAGGCCCUGAUGUCACUGUUUGUGCUGGCGUCCAAGGAUGGCUGGGUCAACAUCAUGUAUCAUGGACUGGAUGCUGUGGGCGUGGACCAGCAGCCGGUGACCAACAACAACCCCUGGAUGCUGCUCUACUUCAUCUCCUUCCUGCUGAUCGUCAGCUUCUUCGUGCUCAACAUGUUCGUGGGCGUGGUGGUGGAGAACUUCCACAAGUGCCGGCAGCACCAGGAGGUGGAGGAGGCCAAGCGGAGGGAGGAGAAGAGGCAGAGGCGCAUGGAGAAGAAGAGACGCAAGGCCCAGCGUUUGCCGUACUAUGCCAACUACAGCCACGUGCGCCUGGCCAUCCACACCCUGUGCACCAGCCACUACCUGGACCUCUUAGUCACCGUUAUCAUCGGCAUCAACGUCAUCACCAUGUCACUGGAGCACUACAGCCAGCCUCAUUCUCUGGAUUUAGCGCUGAAAUACUGCAAUUAUUUCUUCACCUCCACCUUUGUGCUGGAAGCUGUUCUGAAGCUCAUCGCUUUUGGAUUCCACCGUUUUUUCAAAGACAGGUGGAACCAGCUGGACCUGGGCAUCGUGUUGCUAUCGGUGAUGGGCAUCACCCUAGAGGAGAUUGAGAUCAGUGCCGCUCUCCCCAUCAACCCCACCAUCAUACGCAUCAUGAGGGUCCUGCGCAUCGCUCGCGUGCUGAAGCUGCUGAAGAUGGCUACAGGGAUGCGAGCUCUUUUGGACACUGUGGUGCAAGCACUUCCCCAGGUGGGUAACUUGGGCCUCCUCUUCAUGCUCCUGUUCUUCAUCUACGCUGCCCUGGGGGUGGAGCUCUUCGGGGAACUGGUCUGCAACGAGGAGUAUCGCUGUGAGGGCAUGAGUCGACAUGCCACCUUUGAGAACUUUGGCAUGGCUUUCCUCACUCUCUUCCAGGUCUCCACUGGAGACAACUGGAAUGGUAUCAUGAAGGACACGCUGCGCGAGUGCCCGCCGGACACGGACUACACGUGCAACCCCAGCCUGCAGUUCAUCUCGCCCAUGUACUUUGUGAGCUUCGUGCUGACGGCCCAGUUCGUGCUGAUCAACGUGGUGGUGGCGGUGCUGAUGAAGCACCUGGACGACUCCAACAAGGAGGCCAUGGAGGAGGCCAUGGAGGACGCCGAGAUCGAGAUGGAGCUGGCCCAGGGCACCAUCUGCUGCAUGGGCGGAGGCGUGCCGGGAGUAGCGGUCAUCGGAGCAGGAGGUGGUGUUGGUGGAGGUGGAGCUGGAGGAGGUCCCGUGGUGGGGAAGAUGCGCAUGGAGCAGUCUGGUGGAGUGGUGACGAGCCAGAGCGCAGGCCUCCACCACCACGCUCAGACGGUCAGCCCGCACUCCAGCCCCCGUGAGUCCAGGGACGCGGCCCGCAUCUACUCCCCAGCACAGGAGAACCUAUGGUUGGACAGUGUGUCUCUGCUGAUCAAAGACUCCUUCGAGGGGGAGAUGCUGAUGAUUGACAACCUCUCCGGCUCCGUCUUCCACCACUACUCCUCCCCUCCCGUCUGCAAAGACUGCAAGACGCACCCGCAAGAGGAGAUUCGAAUGGCGGAGCUGGAGCAGGCUUCUCUGAGAUCUGAGCAGCUGUCGGACAAGUCCUCGUCACCAGCCCUCCCUGAUAACCUCAGCCUGGACGAGCAGAGUGUCUUUCAGCUUCUGGUUCAAGACAGUAAGGAUGAACAGUGUCCUGGGGACAGGCACAGUACUGAGGAAGCAGAGUUCCAUCGGGAGGGUUGGGAUCCGGCUCCAGACCCGCUGCUGCUGCGUUCCCCGGGCCACUGCUCGCUAAUGGAGGGAGAGGAGCUGAGGCUGGAGGAGGAGGAAGAGGAGGAGGAGGAGGAAGAGGAGGAAGAGGGAGAGGAAGAAGAGACCCAGAAUCUGAUACAGAAGCAGCAGCAGUCCAGUCAUGUCCUGACACAGCACAGCCCUGGUGGUGCUGAGAGUAGCAGUAGCAGCAGCAGCAGAAUGAAGGGGCGUGGUUGUGAAGGCAGAGGUGGACCCUCCUCCCCCAUCCCCUUCCAGCUUCCUGCGGAGUUCUUCCACCCAGCCUCGGCAGCCAUCCCAGCACGGGCUCGCUUUGGCUACCGCUCCAAACGGCUAAGGAUGACCUCUCCAGCAUCCUGGGCCUCGCUAAGAUCUCCCGGAGCCAACAGCAGGAUGCUCUGCACCCAGUACCCUUCACACAGCGACUCUUCUCUAGCCACGGGGAGCUCGGAGGGCAGUCUUCAAACCACGGUGGAGGAAGGUCUAAGCUUUAGCGUCUCCCCCCCUCAGGAUUUCCAUCUUCCCUUGCCCUCCCAUUCCUCCUUGCAAGGAGGCAACCCGCACCACCCUACCAGGGAGACUCUGAGGCCCCACAGCACGUCCUCCGUCAAAUUCACCCUCCAAGCCACCAGGGGUCACCAUCACCAGAGGAGCCAGAGCAGCUGCGGUGGAAGCACCAGCCCCGGCUGCCAAAGAGAGGACUCCAUGGAUCCCUCCGAUGAGGAUCUGGGCAUCGUGAUUGGCGGAUGCAGCAACAGUGAACAGUUGUCAGACACGCUGAGUAGCCUCUCGCUGUCCUCCCUGCUCUACUCCACCUCACUGCUGCCCCCGGUGGUGAAGAAGAGCAACAGCACCGGCAGCCUGGACCACGGGAAGCACUUGAGCAGAGGGAGGGACGGUCAGCCGCAGGGUUACACGAGUAAACCUUGGUCGGACCAGAGAGAAGCCAGGGGGGAGAUGCAAGCAGCGCAGUCCGACAUUACAGAACUGGAGGGCGAAAGUACAAGCCAAAUAACAGCUGUGGCCUCCAAGAAGAACAGAUGAAACCGUCUGUGUUGGCUCUUUGUCAAGGUCCGCCACUCGCCCUGUUUUUGUGUAAGACAGGGCGUGGUUUGGCAACAGGAUGUUGUUCCAUAAUUUUGAGAAAACUAACAAAACAAAAUUCCCCAUGCCCUCCUCCUUCUCCCUUCUUAUUUGUUGUUACCCAUCCCCUCUUUUGUACCUACUGUAUCUGGAUAAGUGGUUCCAGCAUGGGGUCAAAGGGGUUCCAGGUGAUGCCUUCUAGAAGGUGAGAUUAGAGAGGCUUUGGGAUCCCCUGGCUGCACAGGGAAGAAGAACCAGCCGCUUAGAGCAACAGAGAGAGAGAGCGGAAAAUCAGUAGCCAUCUCAAGUCAAAGAGAAAGCCUGCAGGCGUAACUUUCUUUGGAAAAGAUGGAUUUCGGAUCAGUGCGAUUUGUGUUUUGAUCUUGAUCUCUUGCAUACCCUGCAAGCAAGGCCGGAAAGGAUCAAAUCAUUGGGAGGAGCAGUAUAUGCAGAUCAGCCAAUCUGUACAAAAGGGACGUGUUGAAGUGAAAGAUUUUACUGAGAGGAAUGCUUCUGUUCAACGACGCAGGAAACUAUAAGUCUUGUGUUCCCUCUUUGGUUUGUGCCGUUUCAAAUGUCUCUCCAGAACAUGCUUCGUUGUGUUCUUCAACAAAGAAAUGAAACCACCAUGGGUUUGAGUCAGAGCCUAGCCUGGAUGGAUUGUGAGAUGUUGAUUUAAAUGGCCAAGUAGCUUAAAUUGCCUUUAUCCGAGAAACAAGGGGAUAUUGUGGUAGGGUGGCUUUUAACAGUAUAUUCCUGACAGCAAGAGAUUAACAAGGGAAUAAAUGCAUAGAAAUAUCACCAAGGAAGCACCACUUUGGCGGUAAAGACAUAAGGUGUCAGAAAGGCAUCAGGCAUGCACAGUUCGUCUCCCUGGAGAUUCAAGAGACAACCCUAGCGAUGCAUCCAUUGGAAAUGGACUUGAUGGUGUUGUGGUGGCCCUCUUUUUGAAAAGAGGAACUUGUGUUUUUUUCCUUUUUUUUGCCAAAGAGGAAAGGAAAGACAUGCACGGAAUGCAACACCAUUGUUGGAUGAAUGAUUUCUGAGUGAUGACUAAGUAUUUCAUUUUAGACAUCUGAAGGAAAAGAAAGG